GUCCGUGGGAAAAGUGUAACGUUGGUUGCAAAGAUGUUAGCCCCCACCAGCACCACUCCCCACGCCGUCCAGGGGAACUCCAAGCGGCGGGGAGGGAGCUCGCUUGCAACCGCUACACGCCCGUCCCCAAAAGGUGGGACCCACGUGCUCUCUGUCCCCGGCGCCCGAGGGUCUUCCCCCUGCGCCGAUAACCCCGCCCGCCCCGCGCGCUCGUCCCUCUCUGCCCGCCGCUCUUCCGCCCGCUCAGUCUCUCGCCAGCAGCGAGAGCAGCAGACACCCCACGCGCGAGUCAGUCGCUCGAGGGGGCGGCCUAUCGUGGCACGCAGCGCAGGGCUCAGCCAGCAGUCGGAGGGUUAACAGGGACCGACGUGUGAGCGAACCAGACAGAGAGACGGACAGACAAGACAGCCGCUGCGAGGGAAGAGGCUGGAGCAGGCGGCCCGCCACCGCCUCUGCCUCCUUAGCCUGCCUGGCCAUGGAAGGCGACGCCAGCUGGAAGAAGGGGAGCGGCAGCUGGACUCCUCCAAGGCUAGCCGGGUCCCUCGGCUCGCCCGCCAAGCCAUCCAACCUGAGUAUGGAUUGGAAACAGGCUUCUCCCAUCCCCAAAACAAAGAGGACACUUCUCACGAAGUGAAGAAUAUGAGACUCAUUUACACCUGUGGAAAAACUGUUGCCUCUAGCUAUGGAAACUAGUUUCUGCCAUAGGAGGUUUCCUCUGGUCUCCUGCUUCCAUUUGUUGCAAUUCUGGCCAUUCCUCCUCCUAGCCUCAGCAGUUCCAUUGCACAGCGCCUGGUCUCUUCGGACCCGUGGUCUUCUGGCAACCCGGCCAUUGUGCAGCCAUCGGAGCCCCUCGGCAUCCAGAUCUUUUUGCAUCUGGGAUAAGAACCUGCCCACAGGGAAAACAGGAUUUCACUCUACCUCACUGCGGCAGCGACCCAUGGUUUCCGAAGGGGCUAGCCAACGCCACGCCAUACGGCUGAGGCGUCAGGCCCAGGGGAUCCGGCCUGCUACCCCGUCUGGCUUUGAGGAUGGCCCAUCCUCAUCUCAGUACCCCUGGGCCAUCGUUUGGGGUCCCACAGUAUCAGUUGAUGAUGGAGGUGAUGCCAGCUCUGCCAACCCUGGCUUCCCACGUCUGGAUUACGCCUUUGUUUCAUCAAAUGGAAUGGCAACAGCACAACCAAAUUCUCACUCUUUGCUACACAAUGAAGGGCUCAACCUGCGUCAGACCCCAGCCACACUACCACCCUUCCUCUUUGGACCUCGGGGAGAAGGUGUGGACCCCCAACUCUACGUCACCAUUACAAUCUCUGUCAUUAUCAUCCUUGUUGCUAUGGGAAUAAUACUCAAGUUCUGCUGGGACCGGAAUCAGAAGCGCCGUCACCAUUCUAGCCAGCAAAGUGAAUUGCAGCAGCAGGAGAGCCAGCAGCCAUUGACAGACCUGUCGCCUGCCACAGUCAGCAUCCUGGGACCCUACAGCGAUUCUCAGGCUCCGACACCAGAGAUGGUGGAAACUGGACAAGGAUUGGAAGGCUUGGAGAAGCUGGAGGGUCUAGGGAAGUCCAGCGCCUUCCAGCUCAACAGGAUUCCACUGGUGAACUUGUGACUGAGUGCACUAGAAGGAAUAGGGCUUGAUGUCCUUAUACUGAGCUCAAAUGCUGAAUCUUCAAGGGAGUCCCAGAGAAAUGGCAGCCCUUUCUUUAGUCCCAUCCUCCUGCAAUGCCACUCCUGGCGCAACAGAAGAGUUAUUGUGGACCCCGUUGUGUCAUGUCCUUCCACCAUCACUGCGGACCCGACCAAAACAAGGAUGAGCUCAGGUCCAACCUGCCAGGCUGGGCUUCACAGAGCCCCUUGGUGCACGGUGAUUGGGGCAGUAUCAUGCAAGCAAAGCCCAGGGGAGGAACAAGAGGAUGAAAAAGUUACUAGCAUCAUAAUAAUUUUAAUGUGUCUCCCUUGUAUCUUGACACAAACAGUUGCAUACAGAUAUUUAUUACUAAGCAUGCUUGAUACCAAGAGGCAGAAUGCUGUGUGUCUUCCCUUCCUCCCCAACUCCUGUUCUUUUCUUCUUCAUGUGAUCUGAUGGGUCUUCCAAAAGGGCAGUCCUCAGCAUCACUUUUUGGGGGGGAGGGGGGACGAUGAGGAUCUUUAUGCAUUACAGGAAUAAACGCAUAGGAAGCGAAAGCAGGAUGAAGGAGAAUUAGAUACAAAGAGUCAGUAACAAACAGCACACCACACUCAGUUUCCUAUGGUGGUUUUCAAAUUAACCUUUUCUCUAGAAUUGCCAUCCCUUGUUCAUCUUUUUUCUAAAUUGUGUUCAAGUAUCAUACUGAACCAUAGGAUCUGGUUAAUCCAAAUGUGCCACUUGUAAGCAUUAGUUCCACCCACCCAUUUCCCUUUGAGAACCAUGGCUUGUUUAUAGUUAACUGAAACGGAGCAAACACUUCUGUCCAGAGUUAAUCAGAGAACACAGCCACAAACAAACAAAGCCAUGGCUACUUCAAUGAAACAUCUGCAAGAGUGGUCUGUCUAGUAAGGACAGGCUAACCAUAACUGAAGCUUUGAUAGGGCCUUGUGCCUCCCAUUAAAUGUUUCCUGGCUGCAGGUGCGGUGUGCUUGAUUGCUCCAUAAUGAGAAUAGAUAGGAGAUAAGUGAAAAGCUAUUAAUGGCCCUCUGAAUAGCGUCUCUUCAACCCAAUGCAGUCUUUGUUUUGACAGCAGAACAAAAAUGCACUGGUGGGGUUUGUUAGUGGUGUUUUUGUCUUUAAAAAAAUAUUGUGGAAUUAUGUCCCCCCUCCUCUCCAUGGCAGAAAACUAGCUAUUGAGGAAUUAAAAAAGGAAAUUGCUAGUUUAUAUGGCUAGGAACUUUCACUAAACAGAACCUUUUUGUGCACAAACAUGGUAAGACUUUCUUGAUAGCGGCAAGCGUUGCUCCUUUUGUAUUAAGAGUAUGUGUAGAAUCUCUGAUUGAUUUAAUGUAUUGCCAACUGCAGCAGAGCAAUUCCUUAGCACCACUAAUGCACUGUAGUAUGUAAACAACCCAUACCACCUGUGUUCUUGAACCUUUAAGCACAUUCCUUGCUAUAGCUAUUGAGCCAAGAGGGCAUUUCUUUUAUGUCCCCUUCAUCUGCCCUUCUGAGGCAUCUCUUCCAUUCUAUUUCUGGUUUUCCCACCACGGUUACUGGAUCAGGCUUGCCUGUCUUUAUGCUCCCAGUGAAAACAUUGGCUUGCAAUAAGUGUGGCCUCUCAAAGCAUUGUAAAGUGCCAAAUGCAUCUCUUCUAGGAAGGGAUUCCAAAUCCGAUAUAUCGCUGCUGACAGUGUUAUGUGGUGUAUGUAGUGUGCAUUGUGCCCUUCCAACUAGGAAUGUACUUGGAAUAAGAGUUUCAGGUGGAGAUUUUAAGAUGGACACCCCAAGAGUUAUCAACCGCAUGUAGCCACUGGAGCCCCCUAAACCUGCAUUACUAAACAUU